AUGAAUUCUUUAGAAAGGUUGGCCAAAAUAGAGGCCAGAAAGCGUGGUUCUGGCAGAAGAAAUGUAAAGACGUCAGAUUUUAGUAUAUCUUCUACGAGUGAAAAUAGAAAAAGAAGAAGUUUACUUAAUAGCCUCGAGUCCCAGUUAAUCAAAAAGGAAGAUACACAGCUUUUGGUUAGGUCUGAUAGGCGUAAGUCUUCACAAAUUAGAACAUCACUUAAUGAAGCUGAUUUAUAUACAACAAGCAGGUACCAGUCACUACAAGGAGAAGCUCUGAAGGCGUACACUGAUUUAAAUUCAAAGGACAAUGGCAAUGCUUCUCAUUUUAGUGAAGAUUUGACUGGUAAUGAUUAUGAAUAUAAUGAAUUUGAUGAUAAUAUGGAAUAUGAAGAGUUUGACUCAAAUGUUUCGCGUAAGACUUCCAAAAGCUCACAAGCAAAGACCCCUCUUGGCAAUUCUAAAGGUCUGACGUCCAAGCGACUAAAAAGUGCAUCAGCCAUUUCUGAAAAAAAGACCCGUAAUCGGUCACGAAGAAAGUCAAAAAGUACCAAGGAUCUCUCUGAACACUAUGCCAAUCCUGGUAAUCAUGAAGAUAAAAUUUACAAGAUAAGAAAGAAUGCGAGGCCCCCACAGACAAUAUUUCACCAUGAGAAAGCUCUAGGAGAUUCCACUGAUAGUAGUAACAAUUCAUCGCGAAAAUACCCCACAGAAAAGGCUAUCGAUUGUCUACUGUUAUUGAAGACGAAGUCUUCUGAAAGACAAAAACCUAUGACGAUAGAUAUAGAGAGAAUUAUCAUAGAUUCAAAGAAAGAUAGGAGAUUCAAAAUCAAUACAUAUGAUGUUCUAAAGCAUUUGGUUAAAAACUAUCAGCCAUUAAAGCUUCAGUCCCUGGCAGUCAAUGAAAAUACAAUACAAGAAGAGUUUAAAACUCACGUUUUGAGUCAUAUUGAGCAUUUAGCUGAUAUGCAUUUUAGCAUUAAAGAUAUAUCUGAGAAAAUAUCUGAGAUACAGAGAAUGAAGCUUGAAUAUAGAACAAAUAUUUAUAAGAUCAGAGAAGAUCAUAACAAUGUGGGAACUAAUCUCAGUCGAUUGCGCAAGGAAUAUUCGCUUGAGGUCGAUAACUACAAUAAGAAUAAUUCGUUGUGUGAUAAAUUUGAAAGUGUUAAUCGAAGCGUAAAUCAUAGCAAUAGUAAUGACAUGUGUAACGACAUUCAUAGCUCUGUUAAUGAAAAAUUGAGACUGUUUUCAAAACUUGCUCACUCACUGCAUGGGAUUUGCCAAAAGCUCAGUUUUAUAAAUGACGAAUUAAUCAAUUUUGAAGGUAACUACAACAAGAUUUAG